AACGCAGCAACGUUUUGUUAGCACAGUGAGACGACAGGGGGAACAUCUGACCUCCUGGCAGCGCUCUGGGCUUUGAUCUGGACUCAGUCACCUGACAAAAUACUUACACACCUCGGCUCGGCUCCACCUCACUCAGUGUGUGCGCGCGUGUGUGUAAAGAGGAUCCAGCCCAUCAUUUCCAAGGUUAUCUCCAAGAGGAGCCUGACUUUUUCGGAUCCUAUGGGAAUUCUGAUAACCGCGGUUUUUCUUUGGGCUGCAGUCGGAGUGGGAAGCCGGCCAGUAACCUCACCCCUUAAUGAUGCAAAGGUUGAGUGUAUUAUUCAGGAGACACUGAAUGAAGAUGGGCUGCAACAUGAAUGUGGACCGCAGUUAACAGAGGAACUCGAUGAAGUGCAAAGACAUCAAGGUCUUCUCCGAGAGCUGCAGAGACUGGCUGAUGAAGAGAAAGAAAAGGAGCAAGGUGAUGAAAGGGAGAGAUAUGAAUACAAUCCUGCCGAUGAUGAGAGCGACUUUGAACAGAGGGAUGACAAGGAGGAUGAAAGAUAUGUGACCGAUGUUGAAAAGCAGUCAGAGAAAAUAAAAGAAGAGACAAAGGACGAUUAUGACAUCAAGGAGAAGAUGACGGAGGAGCCACGGAUUGACAGCACAGGGACUGACGAUGAAGAGGAGAGAGCGAAGGAGCUCGAGGAGCUGCUUGCUGAAGAGAUCAACAAGAAAGGAAAGGAGGAGAGGAAUGAUGAGGAGCUUAAGGAACUGCUGAAAGAGCUGAAAAAGAAGCGAUAUGAAGCUGUGAAGGAGAGAGAGAUCCAGAACGGCUCUGAAGCCGAGCAGAAGCAGGAGGUAGAAGAUGAAGAGAUAAAAGAGAACAAAGAGAAGGGGGAAGAAACAGAAGAGGACUUGGAGAAGCAGAGGAUCGAAGAGAGGAGGAAGAAUGAGGUGGAGCUGAUGGUAGAGAAGGAGAAGGUGGAGAAGGAGUUGAAGGAGCUGCUGAAAGAUCAGGACACCAGGAGCAAUCCGGAGCAGGAGAGGGAGAGGAAGGCGAAGCAGGAGGAGCUGGAUGAACUCGUCAGAAAGAUGAAACGGGCACAGGAGGAGGAAGAAGAGCAGGACAUGCAGGGGAGGAAGAAGGAGGACAGCAUGGAUGGAAAGAUGGAGGAUGAGCAGGGCAAAGAGAAAGGGGCUGAAAAGGGGAAAGAGUUGGAUGGAAAAGCUGAGAAUGAAGUAAAGAAGAAGGACGAAGCGAUGAAGGUGAAGGAGCCGCAGCAGAAGAGGGUGAUGGAGAAAGCUAGCGAUGAGGCUACGCGGCAGUUUGAGCGAGAGAGGUACAAGGAUGGAGAUGAGGAUGAAAAUGAAAACGGUGAGGAUGAGGAAGAUGAGGAUGAAUACAUAAGAGAGGAUGAGGAAGACCAGGAGGAUGAUGUAGAUGAGGAUGAGGGGGGUGCUGAGGAAGAUGAAGGAGAGGAGCUCCUGGAGAUCGAAGCAGAGUUGCGCAAAGUUGCUGCAGAUCUGAGGGAGCUUCGCAGAGGAUAAGAUACACCCACACAGCAGACUUAUGAACCCCUUUGUUGCAGUCCCACGUCCAGCUCACACAUUUCCCAUUUAACAGCCUUCACCAUCCUCACAGCACUCAGAGAAAUUUCUUUAGACGUGAAUCUGUUAAAGGAAAUUAUUAGAAACUGUACAUGCUGUUAUAUCAUGUCUGCUUUUAAAUUACCUGGGAAAAGCUGACCAUUUUUGCCCUGCAAAAUGUGUCUUGACAUAGAAACAAACAAAAAAAAAUCUGUUUUCUGGUGAAGCUGAAAGCUUGUGUCCAUCAGUGGUGUUCCUGUCUGAGUUCAAGUAAAUGCUGUUUGUAAGGCAGACAGGGUAUUUUCUCUUCAGUUGCACUUUUAAAAAGCUGUUGCACUUUUAUUCAGAUGUUCAUUUUGACUGCAGAUUAAAAGCCAGAAAAUCUGUCAAUCAGUGCUUCUUAACUCCAACAGUAUCGUCUUUGAUUGUGUAUAGUUGGAGAGGAAAGCUGGUGUAGAUAUUUUGUGCAAUAACGGCACCUGUAGGCUGUCCCUGCUGUUCUGACUGUUAACAAUAUGUAAUGCUGAUAUUUCUACAUAUGAAGACAUAAUUUCCUCUUCACUUCUUUGAUGAUCACGUAGAAAUAAGGAUUGUGUUUCAUUUGGCUCGCACUGUUAAAUCUAGACUGUUUGUGAUUAACUGAAGUGACACAAGCCAAAAAAAAAAAAAAAGACACAAGAGGAUGCUGAUGGUGAUUCUGCACUCUCAUGUCAGAUGUUAAGUUAGUCUUUUGUGCGGUGGGUGGCGUGGUGACAGGAUGUGCUGUACUUAUGAGCUUAUAAGGUCUAAAAGUGUCACUUCAGGUUCUUAACCAGCUUUGCACUCUUAUGUCAACAAGCCAAGGAGGAGUCGAGGGAAGAAGGAGGGACACACUAAAGCCAUUUGUUGUCUUUUGGUAACAGCAACACUCACAAUUCUCAUUAAUUUUACAUCACCGAUUUUACAGCUGUCACCUCAUUUGUGUAAAUGUGAAGUUUUGUGGUCUGUAAGCCAAGGUUCUAUGAAAUAUUAAGCAACAGCGCCCCCAUGAGGACACUGGGUAGACAUGCACGUAGUGCAGGAUUAACAGGGUUACCAUUGGAGGCCCACUUUCUGCAAUAAUAUAGUUUAGAUUACAGCACAUUUGAAUGCAAUAAAUAGCCAGAUGAUGAUUUGUUUGAUGUAUUUUAAUAUAUAAUCAAAGUACAUAAUUAUGUACUCAUAUAGCAAAUAUAAUUCCUUGUUUUUCUACAAAGCCAAGCUUUACAGUACAUUUAUGUAUUUGAACACUAGCCAAGCAGCUAGUUCAGCUUGUGUAAACACAGUAAUAAUAUACAUUCUUAGUCAAAACUAAAAUAUUCCAAAGAGGAGAACUUUGCCCACUAAAAAUGAAUGUACUGUAGUUUACUUUUCUUUUUCUUUUCUACAGAAAUGCAGAAUGUUUCCAUGAAAUGUGACCAAUAAGCCAGCAUGAAAGUUGUAGAAAAUGUCUGUGUUUUGGGGGUGGGCAGGAGCGGGUGACAUACUGGGCAUAGAGAAAAAAAAAGAUUUGCAAUAUUACUGGCCAAUCAGAGUGUUGUAUUUUGUGCCUGCUGUAUUCUUUUCAGUGCUACCUGUCAAUCAAUAAACAGUGUAACAAA